GAGGAUUUAAGUAGUAAUUACGGACUGUACUUUGUCCAACAGCAGUUCAUUGGCUUUAUUCUCUGAGAAUGUUUUGCAAAAAUUGGGGAAAGGGAAUAUGUCUUCAAUAUUCAUUCUGGUGGUGGUAGUAAUAUUCGGGUCAGUUACUUGGAUCGGCACAAAUUCUGUAUGGAUGCAGCUACCCCUACUCACUUCUGAGUUGCCGGAGGGUUGGAACCUACCCAGUUAUAUUUCUGCAGUUGUACAGAUUGCAUGCAUCGGGCCUCUUAUCUACACCAUUGUCGCCAAGGGAUGUAAAGCUAUCGCGAUUUCUCACACACGAUUGAUCCUGUGCUUUCUAAUAUUGGCAUGUAUCUGUCAAUUAGGCCUAGCUUUUCUCUGGAGUGAGACAGCUACUAUUGGGAGCAGGAAUUGCUCUGUCGCACUCUUCGUGCUCCUAUUCGGUCUAGCCCUCGUUGACGUUAUCUCGAAUGUUCUAUUCAUGCCAUUUAUGGCAAAGUUUCAUCCCUCGUACCUCAAUGCUUAUUUUGUGGGAAUGGGUUUCUCUUCGUUGAUUCCAAGCAUCUUAGCUCUUAUACAGGGAACAUCUACUUACGAGUGCGUUGAAGGUGUGCCCCAUUAUUCAGCACCUCGGUUCAGCGCAGGAGUCUUCUUCGGCAUAAUAUUUAUUUCAACCUGUAUCUCAACUGUCGCUUUCCUCAUUCUGAAGCGAAGGGCUGCUGAAAAUGAACCGAUGGUUGAGGUGGAUCAGGAGACUCGCUCGACAACGCCUGCCACAACAAGUUCAUCUUCCAGAGAGCAGAUAAUUUCCGCAGGACCAAACGAGCUUUCAAGAGCUUCAUAUAUCGUGAUCCUCUUGAUAACGGCUCUAAUAAGUGCACAAAUGAACGGAAUCAUCACCAGUAUCUCCAGUUAUGCUACACUUCCUUACUCGCAACAGACAUACCAUUACAGUAUUACCUUUUCGAACAUUGUCAUACCAGCUGCAUCAUUUUUGUCUUUCUUCGUCAUCAUCAAGAGAUUAUCAAUCCUACUGCCGCUUGCUGCGAUGUCCACGCUUACUACAGCUUUUCUAGUUUACUUGGCGGCGCUCAGUCCAUCAAUGAUUUUCGAUUUAAAAACCGCCGGAAGUGCGCUUUCGAUCACUGCAUUUCUUGUGGCUGCAGGAUUGCAUUCGUACUUGAGGGUGGCUUUUGCUUCUCGUUUGCGUAAUUGCACCAACAGCGAGUCAAAAUUGUUCUGGUGCGGAUUUUUUACGCAGAUCGGUUCCUUCAUCGCUUCUAUGGUCAUGCUUCCGCUGGUGGACUUCGCGCACGUCUUCAAUUCCGCACCACCAUGUCGAUAACAUCAGCGCAUAUUGUUUUACCCUAUGCCUUUCUCUCAACUACUUGAGUAGUGUUCAGCAUAAGUUCGUAGGGCGAACGCUCAUCAUAGGAUAUGGAUCUCUUACCGCAUGGUUGAGUAGCACUUGAUACGAGUGUUCUUUUUUACGCUAAAGAACGGGUGACCAAGGUAGCAUUACCAAAGCAAAACAUACAGCGAUUAAUUAUCUUAUUUGCACUCUAUUCUUGAAGUAUGUACUUUUCAUCUCAAUAAAUAAUCAUAGUCUGUCUAUAAA